GUAUUCAAUAACCACAGGUACCUUACUUACCAGACUUGCUAUCACGGUCCUCGUUGACCUCUGAAGUCGUCGAGAUGGUUGUGCCUGAACCUAGUUGGCCAAGGCUCGUUUGAGAGGGGCUUGCCAUAGUGCUCAGCAGGGGACAAGGCCCGCAAGUGGUCAAAAUGUCAGCAACGGGGGGCCAAAGUGAGGGCCAUGUCGCUCCGCCUGAACCGAUGUCGCUGGAUACGCUUAAUUUUGUCGUGAACUUUCUCCAUUCGUCCGGGUUUCACAAGGCGCACAGCGCACUGCUCCAGGAGUUCAGCACGCGGCUGAACCCCACCGCGGAAGGAGCGCUCUUCGCAGCUGCGCGAACUUCGGUCAGCGCUUGUUCCGCUCCACCUUCCACGUCGGAGUAUGUGGAGCGUGCGCUGGAGGCUCUAUCUCCUCCUCGCAGCAAGUCUGCGCAGGCGGGACCGAGCUGGGAAGGAUUUCCGGGACCGGCAGCGCAGCCAAAGGCGCAGUCCACAGCUGGUGCAGUUGAAAGUGCGCCAGCUCCCGCCCCGCCACCGCCCAGCAAGCCAGCUACGCCUGUCAGCCCUCCGACUACGGCUCCUGUAACACGUGCUAAACGUCGACAAUCCAGGCCCUCGGCUACCCGGCAACGACCUGCCUGGGACGGAGAGGUGGAUGACUACGAUGGCAUGGACGACCCGGGCUAUAGCCGGAAGGAGGUGCCGAACCCGUCGCGCUUCGCGGAGAUUGAGCUCGACGCUGCAAGCGGCGACGAGGGCAGCGAGCGGCAAUACUUCAUGCACCAGCCCGGCGACCUCAACUAUGAUGAUAUCGAGUCAGAGGUGUCCGCCUCGGACCUGGAGGGCAUCACCGCAGCCAGCAGCGUGCAGUCGGGGAACUACACAGGGGGUGACACGCACGACGAAACCUGGGACUUCGGCCCCAUAGAUAUCAAGUUCGCGGAGCCGGUCAGCACGCCCAGCAAGAGCCCGGAGAAGCAAGAAGCGGAGGAGCGGCGGCCGGUGCUUUCGCGCGUGGAGUCGCUCAGCAGCUCUUUUAAGGACUUCGAGAUGGAGCGGGGCUUUGAGGCAGACGGCGAGGGCGGGGGCCAGAUCUCAUCAAAGGUGUCGGAGGCGGAGUACGCAGCGGACCCGGAGGUGAUUGACUUCCCUGUGCCGGUGCCGGCGGUGAACCAUGAGGACGUGGAGCUGUUCCGCAACCAGCGGCGGCCCAGCCCCACGUCCUCCAUGGACGUGGCCGCCGGCUCGCUGGCGCCGUCCGUAGCACCCUCGGAGCAGCAGCCUUCCGAAAGCACGGGCAGUCAGGAGCGGCAGCGCAAGGGCACGGGCAAGAGCACUUCGCUGCUCAAGUCGCUGGCCGGGCGGUCAGCGGACGCUCGCGACGGUGCCGGCCUGACGCUGGGUAGCAGCGCGCUCAGCAGCGGUGGCGCCAGUAGCUCUGCGGCGCGACCCAGCGCACCCACGGUAGGCACCGGCGGCGCCGCUUCCGGUGGUGGCGGGUUCGGCGGUGGCGGCUUUGGCGGCGGCGGCUUUGGCGGCGGCUUCAGCUUCCCGGUGACGCCGCCCACGGCGGAUGAGCCAGACCAGCGGCUGUUCACGUCGUGGCCUUCCGUCCGCAGCAGCUGUACGUCAGAGCCGGUGGCCAUGUCGGACGACGACAACGCGCUGCCGGCCGAGUACGCGGACGACGAGUACUCGAAGUACCGGCUCAGCAGCCGCAGCACGUCCAUGGCGGCGCAGGACCUACCGGAGCAGCGCAAAACCGCGGACGGCGAAACCUCUGGCACGCUUGCCAGCCCCGAUGGCAACUCCGCGGCCGGGUCAGGCACGGCGCGGCAGGCCGGCGCCGGCGCGCCUGCCGCAGACGCCGCCGCAGACCUGGAUUUCUCGCUGGAGUGGGAGUUCCGGCCGCCGCUCAGCCACGAGUCGCGGGAGCCGUCGCUGGAGUUCUCCACAGCCAACACGGACGACGAGGGGCUGGGGACACCCAAGGCGGUCGCGGCGGCGGCAGCUGCCGCCGCCGCCGCCGCCGCUGCGGCGGCCGCGAACGAGGUCAGCGCGGUGCUCACACUGGAGCCGACACCGUCGGCGUCAGCGGGUGUGGCCGCGGCGGCGGCGCCAGCGCCGGCCGCUGGGUCCGGGCCGGGGCAGGAGCCGGAGGUCGAGGGCGGCGACGUGCUGGACACGCACAACGGCUCGGUGACGCUGGCGGGCGAGGUGGAGGCGGCGGCGGCGCAGCUGGUGCAGCUGAUGCCGCAGCUGGCGCUCAUCGACGACGCUGACGCCGGCAGCAAGCCGGGCACGCCGGUGGACGCGCUGGAGCGGAAAGACUCCUCCCAAGUGGUGGCGCACCGCAUCAACUUCGAGUCGGAGGACCUGCACGACGCCCACUCCCACGACGGCGGCGCCUCCGUGCACUCCGCGCCGCACAUCGGCGCGGCCGCGGAGGCCGUGCCCGAACCCUUGCACGAGCACGAACACGAGCGCGACGACCAGUCCAGCAUCAGCGCCGCCAUCGCGGCGGUGGAGGUCGCCGCGGAGGCGGAUGACGAGGAUACGGACCUGGGUGAGGAUGGCGUUGCGGCAGCGGCGUCUUUUUCCGAGCCGGCGUCGUACGAUGCCGAUGACGCCGACGUGGAUGAGCCGGAGCCGCUGUCGGGGCUGGCGGAUGAUGAGGAGCGGCUGGGCGGCGACGAGGAUGAUGAUGAGGACGAUGAAGAUGACGAGGACGAGGACGAGGAGGACGAGGCCGGGAGACGCAGCAGCGGCGGCGUGGUGGGCGUUGGCGCCGGCGGCGAGUGGGGCGACGAGCAGCACUUGCGCGCGCCGGACGCCAAGGACAUUGCCCGCGCGCGGCCCGAGUCCAGCCUGACGCCCCGCUACCACAUGGACGAGCAGGGCAACGUGCUGUACGAGUACGACCCUGACUACAUCGACCGCAAGUACGAGGUGUUUGAGCUGCGCGUCAUCCACCGCCGCCACCGCACCGGCUUCGAGGAGACCAAGGACUUCCCCAUCCGCCUCAACGACCUCAUAGCGGGCAGGUACCAGGUGAUGGACUUCCUGGGCUCCGCCGCCUUCAGCCGCGCGGUACAGGCGCUGGACAUCAAGACGGGGCAGCUGGUGUGCCUCAAGAUCAUCAAGAACCACAAAGACUACUUUGACCAGUCGCUGGACGAGAUCAAGCUGCUCAAGUACGUCAACACCAUGGACCCCAACGACGAGUACGCCAUCGUGCGCCUGUACGACUUCUUCUACUACAAGGAGCACCUGUUCCUGGUGUGCGAGCUGCUGCGCGCCAACCUGUACGAGUUCCAGAAGUACAACAAGGAGUCGGGCGACCCGGCCUACUUCACCAACGCGCGCAUCCAGCGCAUCGCGCGGCAGGCGCUGCGCUCGCUGGCGUUCCUACACUCGCUGGGGCUGAUCCACUCCGACCUCAAGCCCGAGAACAUACUCAUCAAGAGCUACAGCAGGUGUGAGGUCAAGGUGAUUGACCUGGGCUCCUCCUGCUUCAUCACGGACCAGCUCAGCAGCUACGUGCAGAGCCGCUCCUACCGCGCGCCGGAGGUCAUCCUGGGUCUGCCCUACGACUAUAAGGUGGACGUGUGGUCUCUGGGCUGCAUCCUGGCGGAGCUGUCCAGCAGCUUUGUUCUUUUCCAGAACGACUCGCUGUCCACGCUGCUGGCGCGGCUGGAGGGCAUUCUGGGCCCCGUGCCCGAGUGGAUGCUGCACAAGGGCCGCUACGCGCACCGCUUCUACACGCGCAGCGGCAUGCUGUACGAGCGCAACGCCACCACCCAGAAGUACGACAUGCUGCAGCCCAAGCGCACCUCGCUGCGGCACAGGAUGCCGGACGCGGACGAGGGGCUGCUGGAGUUCGUGGGCCACCUGCUGACGGUGGACCCGCGCAAGCGCCCCACCGCCGCCGAGGCGCUCAAGCACCCCUGGCUGCAGCAGGAGUACCCCUCGCUCGACAGCAUGUAGGCGGGCGGCGGACAGUGGCGGCCAGUGGCGCAAGCGCUGGCGCUGGGGCCGCGCUAAGGGGUGCUGCAGCAGCAGGACCAGCAGAGCGGAGGCCGGCGGCAGAGGCCGGGAUGGGGCCCGCGGCAGUUUCAGGCAGCAAGCGGAAACCGGCAAGGCUUGACAACAACUGUUUUGUGGGUGGGUGGGUAAUGCGGGCUUCCAGAGUGGACUUCAGCAUUUGGGGUUCUGGGGUCGAGGGGCUACAGGCUGGCUGCUUUGGAGAGGAUUGGGCGGUCAUAGGGGCACAUACGUAUUGUUUGUGCAGUCACAGGCGGCUUUCAGGCUCGGGCGGGAGAAGUUACUGCAUGGCAUAGUACGCAGAGGAAGGAAUAGGGGCGUGCAUUCGGAGGCGUGCGGCAGACAGCGCGGGCUGACGUCAACCGGCGGCUGUGUGCUCGUGCGCGGAAGGCGGUUCUGCUGUUGCGCACAUGGGUCAUUAUCAUUCGACACGUAUCAGGCGACGUCGGCACACAAUCGAGGCCGAGGUAUUGGCCUCCCCACCAAGCAAGGAGUCAGGAAGGGCCCAAAGAGAUCUCACGCGAGUGACGUGCGAGUCCUGUUGCCUACCUGGUGUGCAAGUUAUCUACGCCGCAUGGGGACUCCCGCGGCUGUGCCGCGUCUGCGCGCGCAACAUUGCAACAUACCGGUGCGCACGUUUGCACCCGGUUUUUCAGAUGAAGUUUGGGUUCAAGUGCGGGGUAGCGGCUCAGCGGGUCUUCGCAUCUACAUGUCCUGGCGGAAGAGUGCGUGUCUGGUGUCGAGUCAUCGCGGGGGCAUGCGCAGACCGUUUGCCAGGGGGCUGGGGCCCUGCGAUGCGAAGGCAACGAACAAGUGUGCGUGGGCUGGGUGUGUGUGUGCAUGUGUCAGGGUGUGCUUGCGGGCGCGCUCGUGAAUCUGUGUUGUGUUGGUGUAUGCAUGAACGCGGUGGCGUGGCAGCUCACAUGGUAAGUGCUGUGUGGAGGCCCUGGGCAGAAUCAGCGAAGCGGUGUGGUGUCAUUGAAGGUCAAGCUGUGCAACCCAGUAACAGGGACGACCCCGCAGGGAGAGGGGCGCCAUGGUAGCUGGGCAGGACUGGGGAAGGUGGCGGCAUAUCACUGAGAGUAUGUAGCGCGUCGACAGGGGGCAACGGCCAACACGCCGUCGUGUAACACAUUACACGC